UUGUGACUUACUGUUUGCUACAUCUUUCUAUAAUGUAAAGAAGACUAAAGAAAAUAUAACCUUGAUAUCUUUAAUACUGACAUGACCUUACUCAUUCAAUAUUUGACUCUUACAAUGUGUGAAACAUUUGUGUCUUAUGGCUUUAAAAACCUAAUUGCUAUACUUUUACAUCUUUUAAGGAGGAUGGCACUUUAAGGGAAUUUCUUUCUUUAGUUUUAACACAGUAAAUUUAGUGCAAGAAAAAUACAUGAUUAAUGUCUAAACUGUCUGAUAUGCUGUUACAUUGUUUCAUAAUUCCAUGCUUUUUUAGAUGCAGUGGUAUCAGAUCCGUGGGUAUCGGGAUGCAGAUUCCUCUGCCGUGAGGAUGUUGUACUCCACUGGCUUCAGAGAGCAUGCUGGGAAUGUGUAUCUUCUGGCUCUUAAGCAGGCAUGGACUCGAGCUGCACUGUGUGGAAUCUUCUUUCUUAUCUAUCUUUUCUUUGGAUCAUUCAUGGGCUCCAUUAUUGGUGUUGGUGGAUUCUUGCUGGUUGUUUGGGUAGCAGUGCAGUAUUUUUUUGAGCAGGGUAUUCAGCUUGGGCUCAGUGAGGAUCUGUUGGACAUCAGGAAAUCCUACAUGGAGAAUGACUGUCCGAGCUGCUUUUGGGUGGCAGAAGUGAAAGGGUCUAUUGUCGGCACAGUGGGUAUUUUGCCUUGUGUGGAGGAGCCAGGUGCCUGGGAACUGAAGAGGAUCUCUGUAAAAAAGGAGUUUCGGGGGCGUGGCCUUGCGCAAGCUCUUUGUAAAAGAGCCCUAAACUUUGUUGCUAAAUAUCAGGUGGAAAGGCUGGUUCUUUUCACUUCUGUAAUUCAGUCUGAUGCUCAAAAGUUAUAUGACAGAAUUGGAUUCAUAAAGGAAAAGGAGUUUGUGUGGCCAUCACUUCCUGCUAGGCUGAUUGAUCUAAAGGUGUUUAAAUAUGCACACAUGAUUGGUGGUCAUGCUAACGUAAAAUAAGAAAAUUUAUAUGAAGAAUUUGCAUGAAAGAGUCCCUCAAGAUGGGAUGUUUUUAUUUAAAUUUUUAUAGCACUUUUUCAAAAGUGUAUAUAAAUAUAUUUUAAAAGUAGCUUUACAGUAUAUACAGGAAAAUUAUACAGGAAUAUUAUGCAAUGUAUGUUUUUUUUACACUGUUAACCCUUUCCUAACCAUUUUUAUUAGUACUUUUUCCUACAUAAAUUACUAGUGAAUUAUUUUGCUUUUAUAUGUUUGCAUCUUAGUCCUAGAAAUGCCAUCAGAAAUGCUCUCUUGGCAUUUUUUUCCAAGCAGUUUCUUAAGGGCUUACCUUGAGAUGCUUUGAACAUCUAUUCUGGGCUCUUAUUGGCUGCUUGUUUCAUUAUUUGGUCUAAGUCAUACAUUUAAAAAUGUUAAAUUUUUUAUCUUAUACAUGUUAUUAAUGUAAUCUAUAAAAAUAAAAUAGUAAUAAAUAAAGUAAUAAUAUAAACAUGUCAAUAUUAUAUAUAUAUAAAUUGUUACAUAUUAUAUAUCAUGUUAUAUCAGCAUAUGGAUUAUAUUUUUGUCAUUUAAACAUAGGCUACACCGGACCCUAAUCUUAAAAAUUAAGAUUAAAACACCACGAGGAACAUUUCAGUUAAGUGACCCUUUUUCAAGAUGUGUAUUU